AGUCCGCAAACGCCGGUAUGGAAGAAAUCAAACCACAGACAUCUGCUCUUGGUACUGAAAUCGACAUUUUCUGGAGUCGUAUGGACGGAAUCGAUAAACACGUAACUAGUAUAAACAAAUGA